GCCGGCCGGGCCGAAGGGGCCCGGGAGGCGCCGCACCGCGCCGGCAAAGCCUCCCCGGCGGUCAACGCGGAAUUUUUCAAGCAGCUGCUGGAACUUCGCAAGCUGUUCUUCCCAAAGCUGGUGAGCGCCGAGCUGGGCUUGCUCUGCCUCCACUCGGUCGCUCUGGUGUCCCGGACCUUCCUCUCCAUCUAUGUGGCAGCCCUCGAUGGGAAGAUUGUGAAGAGCAUCGUGGAAAAAAAGCCCAGGAGCUUUGUCUUCAAGUUAAUCAAAUGGCUGAUGAUUGCGAUCCCCGCCACGUUCGUGAACAGCACCAUACGGUACCUGGAGUGCAAGCUGGCCCUCGCCUUCCGCACGCGCCUGGUGGAUCACGCCUAUGAGACCUACUUUGCCAACCAGACUUACUACAGAGUGAUCAGCAUGGACGGGCGGCUGGCCAACCCUGACCAGUCCCUCACCGAGGACAUCAUGAUGUUCUCGCAGUCCGUGGCGCAUCUCUACUCCAACCUCACCAAGCCCAUCCUGGAUGUCGUGCUCACCUCCUACACCCUCAUCCGCACAGCGCGGUCGCGGGGCGCGAACCCCAUCGGGCCCACGCUCCUGGCUGGGCUCGUCGUCUACGCUACGGCCCGCGUGCUCAAAGCCUGCUCUCCCAAGUUUGGCAAGCUGGUGGCCGAGGAGGCGCACAAGAAGGGCUACCUGCGCUUCAUGCAUUCGCGCAUCAUUGCCAAUGUGGAAGAGAUAGCGUUUUACCGAGGGCACAAGGUAGAAAUGAAACAACUGCAAAAAAGCUACAAGGCUUUGGCAGAUCAAAUGAAUCUCAUUUUGUCCAAACGCUUAUGGUACAUCAUGAUAGAGCAGUUCCUGAUGAAGUAUGUCUGGAGUAGCUGUGGCAUGAUUAUGGUCGCUGUGCCCAUCAUCACCGCAACGGGAUUUGCAGAUGGCGAAUUGGAAGAUGGCCAGAAACAGGCUAUGGUUAGUGAAAGAACAGAAGCUUUUACUACAUCACGAAACUUGCUAAUCUCUGGAGCAGAUGCUAUUGAAAGGAUUAUGUCUUCAUACAAAGAGGUUACUGAGCUAGCAGGCUACACCGCCCGUGUCUACAACAUGUUCUCUGUCUUUGAUGAGGUGAAGAGAGGCAUCUACAAAAGAACUGCUGUUAUUCAAGGGUCUGAAAGCAACAGCAAGAAUGAAGAUAAAGCAGAAUUACACAUCGAUGGGCCCUUAGAAAUCAAAGGAAAAGUUAUUGAUGUUGAUCAUGGAAUUAUUUGUGAAAAUGUUCCUAUUAUUACUCCGAACGGUGAUGUGGUGGUUUCCAGACUAAACUUCAAAGUGCAGGAGGGGAUGAAUCUUUUAAUCACUGGACCCAAUGGCUGUGGAAAGAGUUCGCUCUUCAGAAUUUUAAGUGGUUUGUGGCCUGUGUAUGAAGGAGUUCUCUACAAACCCCCACCUCAGCACAUGUUUUAUAUACCACAAAGGCCCUAUAUGUCCAUUGGAACACUACGUGAUCAAGUCAUCUAUCCAGACUCAGUGGAUGACAUGCAUGAGAAGGGCUACCAAGAUCAAGACCUGGAGUGUAUCCUGCAUAUGGUUCAUCUGUACCACAUUGUUCAAAGAGAAGGAGGCUGGGAUGCCAUCAUGGAUUGGAAAGAUGUCUUAUCAGGAGGGGAAAAACAAAGAAUGGGCAUGGCUCGGAUGUUUUACCAUAAGCCAAAAUAUGCAUUGCUGGACGAAUGCACGAGUGCUGUAAGCAUUGAUGUUGAAGGAAAGAUAUUUCAAGCUGCAAAAGCCGCUGGGAUAUCCCUGCUUUCUAUAACACAUAGACCUUCUCUUUGGAAGUACCACACUCACUUGCUGCAGUUUGAUGGACAAGGUGGCUGGCGUUUCGAGCAGCUGGACACCGCUAUCCGUUUGUCACUGAGUGAGGAAAAACAGAGACUGGAAUCCCAACUUGCAGGAAUCCCUAAAAUGCAGCAGAGACUGAAUGAACUGUGUAAAAUCUUGGGGGAAGACUCAGUGCUUAAAACAAUGGACAAAGAGGAAUAAAUAAUUUAUGUUUU